GGUGGCUCAGCCGCAAGAUGGCGGCGCUGGCGGAGGAGCAGACGGAGGUGGCGGUCAAGUUAGAGCCGGAGGUACCGCCGACGCUGAUACCUUCGCAGGCGGGGGACGGCGCUGGCGAGGGUGGCGGCGGCACUACCAACAACGGCCCCAACGGCGGCGGCGGGAACGUUGCGGCGGCGUCGUCGUCGGCCGGCGGGGAUGGUGGGACCCCCAAACCCUCGGCGGCUGUCUCCGCCGUUGCUCCGGCGGGGGCGGCCCCGGUGCCCGCCGCUGCUCCGGAGGCUGGCGCUCCCCACGACCGACAGACUCUGCUGGCCGUGCUGCAGUUCCUGCGGCAGAGCAACCUCCGCGAGGCCGAAGAGGCGCUGCGCCGUGAGGCCCGGCUGUUGGAGGAGGCAGUGGCGGGCACCGGAGCCCCGGGAGAGGCGGACGGCACCGGUACAGAGGCGGCUAGCGCGCUUCUCAGCCGGGUCACAGCCUCGGCCCCUGGCCCCGCGGCCCCUGACCCUCCGGGCACCGGCGCUUCGGGGGCCGCCGCCGUCUCGGGCUUAGCGACAGGUCCUGCGGCUCCGGGGAAAGUUGGAAGUGUAGCUGUAGAAGACCAGCCGGAUGUCAGUGCUGUGCUGUCAGCCUACAACCAGCAAGGAGACCCCACAAUGUAUGAAGAAUACUAUAGUGGACUGAAACACUUCAUUGAAUGUUCCUUGGACUGCCAUCGGGCAGAGUUAUCCCAACUCUUUUAUCCUCUGUUUGUACACAUGUACUUGGAACUAGUCUACAAUCAACAUGAGAAUGAAGCAAAAUCAUUUUUUGAGAAGUUCCAUGGAGAUCAGGAAUGUUAUUACCAGGAUGACCUACGAGUAUUAUCUAGUCUUACCAAAAAGGAACACAUGAAAGGGAAUGAGACCAUGUUGGAUUUUCGAACAAGUAAAUUUGUUCUGCGUAUUUCCCGUGACUCGUACCAACUCUUGAAGAGGCAUCUUCAGGAGAAACAGAACAAUCAGAUAUGGAACAUAGUUCAGGAGCACCUCUACAUUGACAUCUUUGAUGGGAUGCCGCGUAGUAAGCAGCAGAUAGAUGCGAUGGUGGGAAGUUUGGCAGGAGAGGCUAAACGAGAGGCAAACAAAUCAAAGGUAUUUUUUGGUUUAUUAAAAGAGCCAGAAAUUGAGGUGCCUUUGGAUGAUGAAGAUGAAGAAGGAGAAAAUGAAGAGGGAAAACCUAAAAAGAAGAAGCCUAAAAAGGAUAGCAUUGGAUCCAAAAGCAAAAAACAAGAUCCCAAUGCUCCACCUCAAAACAGAAUCCCUCUCCCAGAGUUGAAAGAUUCAGAUAAGUUGGAUAAGAUAAUGAAUAUGAAAGAAACCACCAAACGAGUACGCCUUGGGCCAGACUGUUUACCCUCCAUUUGUUUCUAUACAUUCCUCAAUGCUUACCAGGGCCUUACUGCAGUGGAUGUCACUGAUGAUUCUAGUUUGAUUGCUGGAGGUUUUGCAGAUUCAACUGUUAGAGUGUGGUCUGUGACACCUAAAAAGCUUCGUAGUGUUAAACAAGCAGCAGAUCUUAGCCUCAUAGACAAAGAAUCAGAUGAUGUCUUAGAAAGAAUAAUGGAUGAGAAAACAGCAAGCGAGUUGAAGAUUUUGUAUGGUCACAGUGGGCCUGUCUAUGGAGCCAGCUUCAGUCCGGAUAGGAACUACUUGCUUUCCUCUUCAGAAGAUGGAACUGUUAGAUUGUGGAGUCUUCAAACUUUUACUUGCUUGGUGGGAUAUAAAGGACACAACUACCCAGUAUGGGACACACAGUUUUCUCCAUAUGGAUAUUACUUUGUGUCAGGGGGCCACGAUCGAGUAGCUCGGCUAUGGGCUACAGACCACUAUCAGCCUUUAAGAAUAUUUGCUGGGCAUCUUGCUGAUGUGAAUUGUACCAGAUUCCAUCCAAAUUCUAAUUAUGUUGCUACGGGCUCUGCAGACAGAACUGUGCGGCUCUGGGAUGUCCUGAAUGGGAACUGUGUAAGAAUAUUCACUGGACACAAGGGACCAAUUCAUUCCUUGACGUUUUCUCCCAAUGGGAGAUUCCUGGCUACAGGAGCAACGGAUGGCAGAGUACUCCUUUGGGAUAUUGGACAUGGUUUGAUGGUUGGAGAAUUAAAAGGCCACACUGAUACAGUCUGUUCACUUAGGUUCAGUAGAGAUGGUGAAAUUUUGGCAUCAGGUUCAAUGGAUAAUACAGUCCGGUUGUGGGAUGCUGUCAAAGCAUUUGAGGAUUUAGAGACCGAUGACUUUACUACAGCCACUGGGCAUAUAAAUUUACCUGAGAAUUCACAGGAGUUAUUGUUGGGAACAUAUAUGACCAAAUCAACGCCAGUUGUACACCUCCAUUUUACUCGAAGAAACUUGGUUCUAGCUGCAGGAGCUUAUAGUCCUCAAUAAAUCAUCGGUAUUAAAGACCUUUUGGAAGCUACUGUUUGAAAAAGGGAGACUAAAAGCAAAUACCUCAGUGAUUAAUAUUUAAGCUACAAAGAAUGUUUUGUCUAUAUGGAUCUGGAAGGAUGCUGCUUGGAAAAUCUGAACAGGACUGUUCCACGUUUCUAUAGCAACCACAUUUAACUAAUUUCCGUUAGUUGAAUAAGAGGUAUUACGUUUGUGGAGGGGACAUUUAUGGUGCUUUGGAUUGUGUGGAAACUAUGCAUUUUCUGUUCAAAUGCUAUUUUAAUUUAUUAUGUUUAGAAAAAAAUCAAUUGACUUCAAUAAUUCAUCCUGCUUCAAGAUUCAAAUUGAGUAAUAUAAUAUCAUCUUGAAUUUUAGCUGAAGAAUUCUAUGAGCAUGUAUGUUUCUGCUGUAAAAAUGUAGUUACUGUAUGGCACUCAAGUACCAUGUUAAAUGAUCCACUAACAUUUUUGCUUGGCCCAUGAUUAGUGGAAUGUAUGUCACUGGGUAGGGUGAACUACAAUUUCUUUCUAAGAACUAGAUGAAGUACAACCAUCCACUGACAUCUGAUUUUGUACCUGUUGGAUUCUGAGUGCACCAAGAACACUCUAUAAACCAGGUGAAGAAAUUUAGCUUCCAUGUUCUACUUCAGCUAAAAUAGCUACAUACAACCUAGUACACUUGAAGUCAGACAGACAUUUCAGUUGCUUACCUCCAGUACUGAGCCUUGCUUUGGGAAACUAAAAAGAUUUAGACCAAGUCACUGCCAGUUUUUUGCCUUCGUUGCAUUUUGUACAGUUUUUAUAUUUUUGAUAUCUUGUAAAUAAAGACAACCAGCUUUUCCAGGUUCAUAAUUUAUUGUACAAAUUGAGUAUCACAUGAUGAGUUGACAUCAGCUUCUCCAGGCAUGGGAACUUAACAGAUGAGGUACAGGUUAAAAUCCUAUAAACAAAGCAAAAAAAUAGUUUAAACACAAUUGUGUUCAACUCUACUUUUAAGACAUUCAGUAAUUACUAGUAUAGGACUAUCCACGAACCCCCUGAAAUUGAAUGCAAAUUCAUCAGAUUCUCAGAGUCAGUAACGACCCCCAAAUGAAGGUGUUUCUCAGAUUGAUAGAGUUUAACCUAACACUUCACCUUUAACAAAAGAGCUGCCAACAAUUCAGUAUAAUCCUGAAUGUAUGCUACUGGAAAAGUCUAGUAUACAAAGUAACAUUUUAAACAGCAGUAAACACAGCAGAGAUAAAAUUUCUCCAUUUUUAUAAUGGGGAUACUACCACUCUCCCCAAAGCUGGGAGGUACCUAAUACAGGAAACUGGGCAAAAACUACCUGUUUGUCAGGAAUAAGUCAUGGACCACUGCAUUCUGGGGUAUGUAGGCUUAGUUAAUAGUUUUGAGAUUGGAAAAGCUUUUAAGAGCAGAGGAAAAAUUUUCUGUGGAGAGCUACAGUAGAUAAAGAUCUGGGUUUUGGAUUUUCUGCACAUCAUCUACCACCAAAACAAAUAUUUAUUCACGUAAGCAUGGGCAAAUGGAGGUUGUGGUGUGCCAUAAGAAGAAAAUGAAAUCUAUGUGAAUUUAAGGAAAAUAUAAAAUUGCAUAUAUAAAAAUUUGAAACUAGCAAAAAAUAAGCUAUAUUUGCAAUGUUUUUAAAAGUUUGGUUAAUAAUUAUUACAUAAAGGGCUUAUGUAAGAGAAAUAAGGUGUUCACAAAGAGAAAGACUCAGUUGUUAGAGGAGAAAAACAUAAAGGGAAUGUUAAGAAAAAUA